CUUCUUCGAAGUUUAUGUGUUCGAUUUCUUUGAUCUAUUAGUUUCUUUGGAAAAAGUUUUUAAAGUAUUUUUUUUGGGGGGGAGAGAGAGUGGAGGUUUUUAGGUUUAAUUUUGCCCCAUCGGAUUCGAGUUUAUCGUCCGCGGCUUCUGCUCGCCUGGAUUGUUGGAAGUGCGGGAAGACCGGCUGAAGAUUUCUUUUUGCCGGGGAACCAUGCAGGGCACGAGAAUCGCCUGCCACCUCCUCCUCGUCCUCCUCCUCCCGUGUUUUGUUGUAGGGCUGUCUGUGGGUCCCGCUGAACACGGAGGCCCUGUGAAGAGAGAAGUGAUCCAUGGAAGUUAUCGCAACUGGACCGGCCGAAAUUCUCACUGCAUCACGGAGGAAUAUUACGCUGUGAGGAGUCACCUGUGCUGUAAAAAAUGCCCCGCAGGGACUCGUGUGGCCGCGCAUUGUCAGAAGAACCGGGAGCGUGCGAAGUGCCAGCCCUGCGCGGCAGGGGAGGAGUACACCAAGUGGGAGAACGGGCUGGAGAAGUGUCUGCCUUGUCAGACUUGUCGGAAAGAUCAGCGGCAGGUGUCCCCUUGCACCCCACGGAUGGACACGGUGUGCGAGUGUCGAGCUGGUUCCUUCUGCGCCCCUGAUCAGGCCUGUGAAGUGUGCCAAAAAUGUAAAUCCUACUGCCCAGAGGGUGAGAUCACCAAGAACUGCACACCGACUUCGGACAUCGAGUGCGGGAAGAGUAAAGCUGAAGUUAGUCCGACAGCAACAGGAAGCAGUUAUCUGGCAUUCCUGAUUAUCCCCUUUGUCGUCUUGAUUCUCGUUGUCAGUCUUGCGUAUAACAGGAGGAAACUCUGUGAGAUAAUGAGGAAGAUUCAUAGCUGCUUGCACAAAAGGGAUUCGGCAGAUUCUGAACACCAAGCGGUGUGUGUAGCAUCCUCUGAAACGGUCAGUGACAGUCACCACGGAUCAAAUGGGACUCCAGUGGACACCUGCAUUUCCGUGAUAGAUACUGAUACUGAGCUGUCUCAGGCCGAGAGGACAACUUUGCUUCAGAAUAUCCCUGAAGGUCCAGCCAGAUACACAGCUGGGCCAGUUGCCGAGGGCGGUUGUCAUGGCAACAGCUCUGUUAGCCAGCCAGUGGGCCAAGGCGACAACUCUUUGGGACAAAAUGAGCAGAAAGGCCCCAGAGAUUUCACUUGUACUGUUGACACCGGCUCACUGUGCCACUGUCAAGCAGCUGCCGUUAAAACGAGAGGAUCUAGCAGCACAGAGAGCUCACCACAGAAUACACACGAGGCUUCACCUUCAGUUCCAUGCCAAGCCACGAACACACAGGAAACCAGGAGGCAUCAUUGUACAGAUGAUGAUGAAUCAGUGGAUUUAGAAGACGUAAGGCAGUGUUUUAUCCUGCUCAUUAAUGAGGUACCUAUUAAAAUGUGGAAGCAGUACAUGCGGAAGCUUUCUCUGACUGAAAACGAGAUUGAAACAGCCGAGCAGAACAACAGUAAAAAUGUCAUGGAAGCACACUACCAGAUGCUUAACACCUGGCUGCAGAAAAUGGGGAGAAGUGCCUCUGUGGGCAUUCUGCUGAACACUCUGGAGGAAAUGGACUUGAACAACGCAGUGCAGAAUGUAAAGACAAAAAUUAAAGAGAUGAAACAAAGAAAAUGACAUUUCUGUUUUGGACCUACAUAUGAGCCUGUCAAUUGAUUUCAAGCUAUUGCAAGAGGAAAGAAACACUCAGACUUCUGCAUUUUCUUUCCUCUUCUGGCAAACUUGGUUCUAUCAGUAGUUGGGAUAUCUGUCAACUGAAUAAAUUUUGAAUGUUUGGGUACUCUGUAUUCAGGAGCUUUUCGACCGGCCUUGUGGAUUACGUUGUCCCAGCAAGGGACAUCAAGGCUGCUUCCUCUACAUUCCAGUACUGAAGAAUGGCGAUAAACAAGUUUGAACUGUGAUUUUUUUUUUGAUCUGUAAUUUCAUGGUGGUGCUGCUCAAGCUCAAGUUCAAUGUUACUGGUAUUCAACCACCCAGCAAAACGAAAGAUCACUUUGCAAAAUCUUGAUGCAGAGCACAGGGAUAUGAUUGAGCACAUAGAAUCACGAAACAAUGUUGGCUCAAGUCCCCCGUGGCUUGGCCCAAAGACUUGACUAGUUUUGACAUAAUAUGCAAGGUGCCUGUUUGUGGAAGAUGGUGUGAAGUUCCAAGGACUAUUAUACAAGUGAAUUGGGGUGAGGACAGGGCAUGCAGGUGUGGUGUAUUUGUGUGCUCAGAUCUCUCACCAUUCUGCUGCGUGAUGCUCUACUACUUACUGCCUGAUAGAGAUUAUCUAAGUUAUUAAAUAAAUGAUGCCAUUAGAACUUCUAAAUUGUAUUUGGACGGCCUUUAUUUUUGUUCUUUGAGUUUGGGAAUUUGAUGUUUAUGGGAGAAUGUGUAUUUGAUUUAUUUAUUCCUAUUUUUACAAAGUAUUUAUGUUUUUUUGCCUCUGGUUGGAAAGAUUUUAAUAUUUUAGAUUGUUAAAAUGUUAGUUCAAAAGACUGAGACUGUUGGGCAAGUCAAAGGUCCGAGUUCAUUCUGCUGGCGAUGGCCUGGUUCUGGGGUUGGAGGACUGUACUGAUGUUUGACCAUGCAUUGUAAUCGUUGUUAUAGUGGCUACAUUUAGUAGGCUACCCUGCUGCACCCUUGGCUGUGUUGGUUCUAAAUUUAACCGAGAGACUUGUGUUCCGACUUGUUUAAUAAAUAAAUUUUAGGUCUUCAAUCUCGAGCUUGUGCUGUUUCAGAGUGAAUUAAUGGACGUUGAAAGAAAGCUGCAGACCGUGGAGGCUCAAAACAAAACCAUAAAAUGCUAGAAUGCCGGGUAAGUCGGGCAGCAUCAGUGGAAAAGAGAAAAGAUCAAAGAACCUCUGCUGGCUUUUUGUGUGACUAUCCCAGCUAAAGAAGUCAGAAUGGCCUGGGUCAUAAAGGCCCCAGGAUGUGAAUUACCUCCCUAAACCUCACAGACUCCUUAAAAUCUACUGAUCUCACCACACUUAGACUGAGGGUGCUGGCAAUGGAGAGUUGCAGAAUCUGCUGCAGGAACUCAGCAGGUCAAGCAGCAUCUAUGGAGGGGACUAAAUAAACUAUAUUUUGGGCCAUAAGGUAUAGCAGCAGAAUUAGGCCAUUCAGUCCACUGAGUCUUCUCUGCUAUUCCAUCAUGGCUGAUUUAUCAUCCCUCUCAACUCCAUUCUCCUGCCUUCUCUCCAUAACCUUUGAUACCCUCACUAAUCAAGAACCUAUCAACUUGUGCGUUAAAUAUAUCCGAUGACUUGGUCUCCAUUUUGUCUCUGGCUAAAGAAAUUCCUCCUCAUCUCUGCUCAAAAGGGACGUCCUUGAAUUCUGAGGCUAUGGCCUCUGGUCCUAGACUCCCCCAAUAUGGGAAACAUUCUCUAUCUAGGCUUUUCAAUAUUCGAUAUUUUUCAGUGAGAUGCUCUUCAUUCUUCUACACUCCAGCGAGUACAGGCCCAGAGCCAUCAAUGCUCAGUGAAUUCAUACUGCAGUUAGAGAGGGUGAAGCAUGUCACAGGGAAUAAAGGGAAUUACAAAGGCAUGAGAGAGGAGCUUGCCCAGAUGGAUUGGAGGAAGGAUGACAGCAGAGCAGAGAUGGCUGAAGUUUCUGGGAAGAGCUCACAAGGUGCAGAAUAGAUAUGUCCCACAAAAUAAUAAGUUCUCAAAUGGCAGGGCUAGGCAACCUUGGCUGACAAAGGAAGUUAAGGACUGCAUAAAAGCCAAGGGAAGGGGAUAUAAGGUAGCAAGAGAGAGUAGGAAGUUGGCUUUUUGGAAAGGUCUUAAAAUCCAACAAAAAGCUAUAAGAAGAGAAAAGAUGAAAUAUGAGGGCAGAUUAUCCAAUAAUAUAAAGCAGGACACCCAAGGUUUUUUUCAAUUAUAUAAAGACUAAAAGGGAGCUGAGAGUUGAUAUUGGACCACUGGAGAAUGAUGUUGGUGAGGUAGUAAC